UUGACAAACUUUUUUAAAAAUUCCAAAUAAUUCUCAUGAAAGAAUUAUUAUAUAUCUAUAUAUUUUUAUUUUCUGUGACUUUAUGUGAAUAUACAAUGGACAGCAACAGAAAACCUUACGAAGAAAACGGCAAACCUUCAAUCCCAAACAACCAACAACAACCCCAAGAAACAGUUUUUGAAAUCAAAGCCAUGUUAACAAAGUGCUCCAAGAAGAAAUCAUGCGAAAACCAAAAUGGCUUCGACUGUAGUUUUGACAGUCCAAGAUGUAAAGACUCCAGAGGCAGCCACAAAUCAAAAUGCGAGGAAGAUAUUGAUGAUGGUACCUUACAGAACUGCCAGAAAAAGAUCUCUAUCACGCUGAAAGUCAAAAACAAAGGCUUCACUAACUGUAAAAGUCAAUUUAUAGUGUUAGACCGUAUUUUUGACCCUGUCAGUGAUGGCAAAAGGAAAUUACUAAACCCUUACGUUCUAAAAAUCACCCAGAAACCCGUACUACAGUCGUACGACCUUGUUUUCGAGAAUGUCGUCAAUUCUGGACCUUUAGAAAAAGUUGUUGGUCAAGAAGAUGAUACUUUUAAAAGCUGCAAUAGUGAAUCGUCCAAUUCGAUGUGCUCGAAAUUCAAAUAUAACAACCAGGAAGUACCAUACAGUUCAGGUUUUUGUUGUUCUUGCAACGAUAACCAAGAGAAAAAGCUAGAUAGCAACCAGAAUAUUCUGGAAAACUCCCAGUUUAGUUCCAAUAUUAAUCAAAUGUUUGCUCAAAACGAAAUAACUACCGCAGAAAUGUCUAACGACAUUUUGAAUUGUUCUUCUGACAUUGGAAAUGUCAAUGAAAACAAAAUUCCGGAAUUUGGACAGCUGGGAAGCCUCGGAAAAACCGAUUUUAAUAAUUUGAAAUCAGUUAGAUCUGUACGAGGUAGAAUUAAAAGAGGCGGUCAAGAUUGCGAUAAUAAAUUUUCUAAUGCCAAUCACAUGUCAAUGAAUAACAACAACCAAGACAGCGUUCACUGCAUGGAAUUCUCUGACUUGUGGUACUCUGUGAAUAAAAUCAAAAACCCUGAUAUAGAGUAUGGCGCGAAAAUUGAGAUUUUCGAAAAGAUAUCUAGUAAAAAGUGCCAAGCUUUUUGGAAGGACAUCACUGGUGGUCAAGCUAUUUUUGUCGGAACGACAAAUAGAAGAUAUGUCAGUGCGGACUUAAAUAUUUUGGCAUACUACCUGGAAAACCACGAUGUCGACUAUGAGUAUGCCCUGGACCCCAAAACCCAGUACCUGUUAAUACCAGAGGUAAAUGCAAAAGUUCUGGACGUGAGUCAGUACCCAGAGGUACGUGGUGGUCCCACGGAGUACUUGGUUGUACAAAACAGCGAUAUCGACUUGACGGGAAGAUCUUGCAACAAAGCAGGUGUUGGAUAUGAAGCAUUCGCUCAGCAACCGCACAGAUGUGAUGCAAAAAGAGAUGCAUGUCUUUUAAAUCAACCGAAAGACAUGUGGAAACAUGACCACGAUCUGGAAUCUGAAGGAAAAAAAGGUAGCUAUUUCCUGAAAAACUUUGGCAGUCUUCCUGAAAACCCAGUAGUGUUGAAACAUCCCAACAACACAAGCCAAGAAGACAACCAAGAUAAGAAACUCUACAUGUAUUACAGCUCCUGUCAUACCAGUGUGAUCAGUAUUGAUUUUGGUGAUGAUUCUAACGUAGUUUUGAGAUCUGAUACACUUGCCAUUAUCACAGAAGUUUAUACAGAAACCAUGAACCCCAAAAAGACAGUGAUCACAGCCAAAGUACUCAAUAGUGGACUAUUAUCUAGUAUAUUCUACGUAGGACUCAGUGCAUGUCCCUUGGACCUUCCAGCAACCUUUGGAAGCAUCAUAUCCAGGUCUGUGCUGAUUCCACCUCAACACCAGCAUGUCUUCACCCUGGAAAUCUACUGUGAGCUUCCUCUGAAACAAUUUUACUGUUCUUUGGAGGUGUUGAACUUGAAACAACAGCUGAUAGCUUUGAGGAGGGUCAGAUUUCAGCGUAGAGAUAGAUGUGUAUGUGCCUGGUACUGUCAGUGUACUUGUCAUGAUACAGACUAUGGAGCCAAGUGUAGUAAACUGGGAAUAGAGCAGUACCAUGCCGCUGGAUAUCAGGGUGGUAUGCCUAUUCCAUCCCAAAUAAUCGACUUUUCAGCUUACGAUGAUACGGUUUCGAUAUUCCUCUACGUCAUAAUGUUUUUCUGUCUCACCCUGUGGUACAUGGGACUGAUGAAGGCAGCUUUCGGGUGUUGUUUUCUGCCAAUCGGUUUGUGGGGCUUGGAUAAAAUCCUGGACCUACCGAAAAAAAUCAAUAAGUACUACGAAUCAGAGUUAAAGUACGAGAAAGUAAUUUAUGAUGAGGACGGGUGGCCAGUUCAUCCAGAGACAGGCAAAAAAGUCCAAAAUAUCCCUCCAGCAACUCAGUUUGCCGUAAAUAUAGUCUUUUUCUUCUUGUUUCCUCUGGCUUUGUGUGUAAUGAGCUUAAGGAAAGCUACAGGAUCAAAAUAUUCGCCUAGAGCUUAUAGUGAUUUGGAGAUAUGUGCUUGUAGGGCCAGUAAAAUUAGUCUGGCUAGUAACUAUGGACUGCAAGCUACUUCUAGUAAAGGGCAAACAAAGGGUAGCGAAGGGAAAAUGAAAUAAGGAAAUGUUUAGAAUGUGUGGUAUGGCGAGGCUGAAAGAAUUAUUAUAUUUAUUGAAUAAUUUUAUAAGUAACUGAAAUAAAUGUAUUUUUUAUACUUUU